AUGCAGGGACAAGUAAGGGGUCAAUUGGUGGAUGUCCUCAAUACAACUGUCCGUCAAUUUCUAAACAUACCGUAUGCCGAACCACCAGUUGGUCCGCUAAGAUUUGGCCAUUCGGUACCACUUAGUAAACCUAAACCGAAUAUAAUCGAUGGCACAAAACGGGGAAAUCUUUGCUAUCAAUCACCCGAUACUCACGAUCCGUAUGAAAGCGAAGACUGUUUAGUACUAAACAUAUGGACACCAAAUGCUAAGACUAAGUCUAACAUUAAGCCAAAACCUGUUAUGUUUUGGCUAUACGGCGGCGGACUCAACACCGGCUCCAUAUUUGGCGGACUAUAUGAUGGUCAUCGGUUGGCCGCUACUCAGGAUGUUAUUGUUGUUACGGCUAACUAUCGUCUCGGGAAACUCGGGUUUCUCUACGGUGCGGACAACUCGGCACCGGGCAAUGCCGGACUAUCGGAUCAGAUAAUGGCGUUACGAUGGAUCAGAGACAACAUCCAGGCAUUCGGUGGCGACAGAGAUCGGGUGACAGUGUUUGGUCAGAGCGCCGGUAGUCGAUCGAUAUCGGCGCUGAUAGUCUCACCCGAAAGUAAGGGACUGUUCAGACGUGUAAUUUUGGAGAGCGGAUCAUUCAUGCAUUGGAAGCAAAGAGGAUCACAAACAACCAGUGAGGCCCUCCAGGAGGCACAGUCUAUAGCCCGACAGUUGAACUGUACAGUACAUGACAACCACACCAACAACAACAACAGCAACAACAACACAGAUGAUAAACAAUGGUUGGACUGUUUGCGCAAAUGUAAGCCAACAGAGUUUAGCAAAUUUUAUAAAGAAUUUACAUUUCCAUUGGACGGAACAUCAUUACUACCCAUACCUAUACAACAGGCAUUUGAAUCGGGAAAAUACACAAAGGGUUUGGAUAUUAUGGCGGGUGUGACACUCAAUGAGGGUUCAACGUUAGCUAUGGGUGGCUAUCCUUUGUUGCAAAAAAAUAUAACUGAAUCCGAUUUUCUUAAGUUGAUCGGCGAAGUUGACAACACUUAUCACGGACUGGAUGUCCAACGGGUAGCCGACCACUACUUAGCCGGAGUCGACCGCAAAUCGCCAGAAUCCCUACGACUGGCGUUUUUCGACUUUUUCGGCGAUAUUCAUGUCAAAUGUCCCCUAUAUUUGUUUAGCCGACAAUACGCUCGGUUGUCCCAUAACUCUAGUCGUCAACAACAAAACAACUAUUUCUAUGAACUAACCUAUCAGAGCAAGUUGGCUAAAAUGUGGGGAUGCGGUGACGGUAUGGGUAUAUGUCAUGGCAGUGAAAUUGAAUUUGUUUUCGGUGUACCGUUGACUAUGAACGACACCAUACAUACCAAAGUAGACAAAGAGUUUAGUUUAUAUGUCAUGAAAUUGUGGACAGAUUUUGCUAAAAAUGGUAAACCCGAUACUACUGGCACGUGGCCAUUGUUUUUGUCGCGCGAUGACAGUCCCGAUCAGCACAUGUAUAUCAAGGACCUUAAUCCGUACAAUAAGACGCGCGUGUUUACCGAUUUGUUUAAAAACUCGUGCGACACGUUUUGGUACAAUUAUUAUUUAUAG